AUGCCGCUCCUCUCACGUCAUCUCGAACAAAUAUCCCUCUCCUCGGAAUCCAUCGCCACAUUACCCUUCCCCCCGCCCAAAAUCUUCACCAAUGCUCUCCUUUCCAGCCCCGACAUAACCUCACUCAUUCGCGACACGGAACCGCAUGAACGAGCCCUCUUCUCCGUUCCCCCUCCGCCACCUCCUCCUUCGUCCACAGCGCCCUUCCCUGUCCCAGACUCCAAAUCCCGGAGGCAGACAGUGUUCAGUGUCGCGUCUGGAGGGGAGGUAACCACUGCUGCAGGCGCAUCCUCCCGGGUACCUAGGCGAAACACAGCCGUGGCCGCAGUGCUAGGUCCAGAACUACACUCCGAGGUACGGGAAACAGAAGGGAGGGGCGAAUUCGACAUCGAGGUGUUACUCCGCGGCGUCGAUAAAUUAAACGCCGUGUACGAAGUUCGCGGGGUUCCAGAACGGGUGCGGAAUAUACGAGCCAGGUAUGGGAGAUUAAGGGACAGUGUAGACUUCUAUGAGACGAAAGUUCAGAGGUUGAAUAAGGAGUUGGAUGGGAUCAAUCGCGGUGGCAGCUGGCAAGAUGACGAAAACGAGGACGAAGAAGGGGGCGGGGUAGAAGAAGCGGAGGUAGUUGAGGUUACAGAUGAGGAUUUGAGGAGAGAGGAGGAGGAGAUUAGAGAGCUGGAGAAGAAGAAGAGGGAGUUGGAGGAGAGGGUCACUGGGAUGGAGAGAGAUUUAGGGGGGUUGUUGAGGCAUACCUCGACCACCGCCAAUGCAUCAUGGAGCAUAUAUGUGCUCGAGGGGAUGUAUGAGGAGUCCACCGGAGAGUUCUCUGAGCCCAAAGAAUCUGAAAUCGAGAGGGCCAAGGUCCCUACUGCCCAGGACAUUAAGACAUCGUCUAUGAGACAGGAGAUACCAGUGCCGCUGAAGAAACAUUCCGCUACCUUCUACUACCAAAGUAUGAAAUACUAG